UCUACUUUCGGUUUUUCACAACUACAACCAUGAUUAUGAUUGCCAUUGCACCAACCAAAGUUCCUACUUGGGUGAAGUGAAACGCUCAGCAUCGCCAAACACGAACUGCAUAGGAAAUCAUACUUCCAGCUUUUGGGUUUUAGAUAAUUUUGUCAGUCUUACUACUUACUAACUUUAAAAAGUCUAAGACUGAGCCUUACUAUUCAGCCGGUAGUUCCUUGUUUGUGGUUCUAUCUGUGAAAUUGUUUGGUUCUAUCACUAUCGCAGUCACUACUCAAGUGGUUCCUUUGAUGUCAGGGCGAUAGUAAUUAAAGAGUCAAAGAUUUCAACAUUUGUGACCUGAACGAUAUUUCCUGUUCCUAGAUCAAGAUCUAUAAUCUAGAUUCUAGUCAUAGAGUCUAGUCAUGUCGAAUUUACAUUUCUUGAGAACACUGCAGUGUGUUUGUAAAAAAAGCAACUGGACAAAGAAACGUUUCUUGGGUUUGACUCCCAGGUUGAUGUACACACAUCUCAGUAAGAACAUUCAACAUUCAUCUGAGGAACAUAGUAAAUCUGCUCCUGAAAUAAAAAAUGACAAAGGUUUGCAGCACCAAGACCAAAGACACAGAAGCUUAGCAUCGGGCCCUGAUUUGAGCAGUUUUCUCCAAGAAGCUGUAGGUUCUGGUCUGAGUCCUCCAACAGAUAAUGUUGGCCUUGAUGAUUCAUACUUGGGUGCACACCUUUUCCAUGGUGACAAUCGCAGUGUUUUUAUCGAAACUUAUGGAUGUCAGAUGAAUGUAAAUGAUACUGAAAUUGCUUGGAGCAUCUUACAGCAGAAUGGGUUUACUAAAGCUUCAAGCAUAUCUGAGGCUGAUGUGGUUCUCGCCAUUACUUGUGCUAUCAGAGAAGGUGCAGAGAACAAGAUCUGGAAACGUUUGAAUUACUUCAAGUCUGUCAAGAAAAGGAGAAGUAAACACAGGCCUUUAAAAAUUGGCCUUUUAGGCUGCAUGGCUGAGAGGCUGAAGCAUAAAAUCCUGGAGCAGGACAAGAUGGUGGAUGUUGUUUGUGGACCAGACGCUUAUCGGGACCUGCCGCGUCUGCUCGCAGUGACGAGGUCCACAGAUCAGGCAGCAGUCAAUGUCCAGUUAUCUUUAGAAGAAACUUAUGCAGAUGUGGUGCCAGUGAGACUGAACUCAAACAGUCCCUCAGCAUUUGUGUCCAUAAUGCGAGGCUGUGACAACAUGUGUACCUACUGCAUCGUGCCUUUCACCCGCGGCAGAGAGCGCAGUCGGCCCAUUUCCUCCAUCUUAGAAGAAAUUCACAUCCUCUCUGAGCAGAAUGUGAAAGAUGUGACCCUUCUGGGGCAAAAUGUGAACAGCUACCGGGAUGUUUCCUCAGCUUAUGGAGAGGAUGAGGACAUGCCCACACAGCUGAGUGCAGGUUUCAAGACAGUCUAUAAGCCCAAAACAGGUGGGAGGAGAUUCGCAGAGCUACUCGAAGCUGUGUCAAAAGUUGACCCAGAAAUGAGGAUUCGGUUCACUUCACCUCAUCCCAAGGACUUUCCAGAUGAGGUGCUUCACACAAUCAUGGAGAGACCCAAUGUUUGUAAGCAGAUCCACCUUCCUGCCCAGAGCGGCAAUUCUGAGGUGCUCAAGGCCAUGGGGCGGGGCUACAGUCGGGAAGCUUACCUGGAGCUGGUAGAACGUGUCAGGGACAUAAUCCCAGGGGUGGGUUUGUCCAGUGACUUCAUAGCGGGUUUCUGCGGAGAAUCAGAGGCAGCCCACCAGGACACGCUGUCUUUGCUGGACAUUGUCAAGUACAACUUUGCCUUCUGUUUCCCUUACAGCAUGAGACAGAAAACCAGAGCCUACCACCGACUGCAGGAUGAUGUCCCCCAGGAGGUCAAGCUCCGCAGGAACACAGAGCUACAUGACAGAUAUCGCAAACAUGCCGAGGUCAGGCACAAGUCACAGAUAGGACAGCGGCAUCUCGUCUUGGUGGAAGGGGAAAGCAAGCGAUCUUCUUUGGAUCUGUCUGGUCGCAAUGAUGCCAACACCAAAGUUGUGUUUCCCAACCAGGCAUUGGCUGAUGUGACUGGAGCCGAUGUAGCCAGGACGUCUCAACCCGGUGACUACGUUGUAGUGGAGAUCACCUCGGGCAACUCCCUGGGCAUGAAGGGCACCGCCUUAUACCGCACCUCCCUGCAGCACCACCACCGCCAAGGACAACAGGAAACUCUCCAUUGCUCUCAAACAACGGUGUGAUUGUUUGUUUUAGCGCUGGUGAAAUGACAGCUUGAACUGCAUUCUUCCCAGGAAGUUGAAAUUGUUUCAGAAUUCUACCAAGUCUGCUUGUAAAGUGCAUAGAGCUUGCUUUUGAGCAGAAAUUAGCCCUAAACAAAUGCUAUUUAUUGUUAUUAUUAUUAGGAUACAGACUGGGAUCCUGACCGUUGUGUCAUUGUUCAACUGGUUUUCUUUUGCUUUGCUCUAGUUUUUGUAAAUGCUCAUUAUCACAUUUCGGUUUUAUUUUUGUUGAUGAACUCUGAAUAAUUUUCAGCUUUCUCCUCUGCGGUGUGUCUAAUUUUGACUGGCAGCAAUGCAAUAUAAAUAUAUGUAUUGAGUCCCAGAAUAAAUUUUAAGUUCAA